UUUGAUCUGAAUUCUAAAGGGCGUUGUUCAGAGUCCCACAAAGGUCCCAUUGUGCAGACACUGGGUAUAAAGCAGCAUAUGACUCCUCAGCACCGGGCGGUGAUGAAUUGGAACGCAGGCUCGGACUCAGGGGCCACUCCCCCUACACAGACAUGAGACCAUAGGGGACCUGUCUGGGUGGCCUCAGGAAUAGGUGCUCCCCAAGGUGUGAAUGAAGCAGGAUGAAUUGGACAGGUUUGUACACCUUGCUCAGUGGUGUGAACCGGCAUUCUACCGCCAUUGGCCGAGUAUGGCUGUCAGUCAUCUUCAUCUUCAGAAUCAUGGUGCUGGUGGUAGCUGCAGAGAGCGUGUGGGGUGAUGAGAAGUCUUCUUUCAUCUGCAACACCCUCCAGCCCGGCUGCAACAGUGUCUGCUACGACCACUUUUUUCCUAUUUCCCACGUGCGUCUGUGGUCCCUGCAGCUCAUCUUAGUUUCUACCCCAGCUCUCCUUGUAGCGAUGCAUGUGGCUCACCAGCAGCACAUAGAAAAGAAAAUGCUACGGCUUGAGGGCCAUGGGGACCCCCUACACCUGGAGGAAGUGAAGAGGCACAAGGUGCACAUCUCAGGAACACUGUGGUGGACCUAUGUCAUCAGCGUGGUGUUUAGGCUCCUAUUCGAGGCUAUCUUCUUGUAUGUCUUCUACCUGCUCUACCCUGGCUAUGCCAUGGUGCGGCUGGUCAAGUGUGAGGCCUACCCCUGUCCCAACACAGUGGACUGCUUUGUGUCCCGCCCCACCGAGAAAACCGUCUUCACCGUCUUUAUGCUGGCUGCCUCGGGCAUCUGCAUCAUCCUCAAUGUGGCCGAGGUGGUGUACCUCAUCAUCCGGGCAUGUGCCCGCCGUGCACAACGCCGCUCCAAUCCACCUUCCCGCAAGGGCUCGGGCUUUGGCCACCGCCUCUCACCUGAAUACAAGCAGAAUGAGAUUAACAAGCUGCUGAGUGAGCAAGACGGCUCCCUGAAAGACAUACUGCGCCGCAGCCCUGGCACCGGGGCCGGGCUGGCUGAGAAGAGCGACCGCUGCUCAGCCUGCUGAUGCCACAGACCAGGCAACCUCCCGACCCAUGCCCCCACCCUGCCUUGGGCCUGCCCUUCCUUCUCCCUGCUGGUGCACGGGCCUAGGCCUGCUAGAAAUUACCCUAUCAGAAUCUUCCUGUCCUCCCUACUUCCCUUCCUCUCUGGGCCUUCUGUCCGAGGAGCUGGAGGGGUGGGGAGCUGGAGGCCACCUCGAUGCCACUGCUUAAGGUUACUGGGGGUAUGGGCAGCUCUUAUUGCCUGUACCCCUUCCUCUUCCCUCUCCCUCUCCCUGGGACCACUGGGGACAAGAGAUGGGAUGCUCUGACAGAGUCUCCAAUGAUGAAACUAAUUUUAACCCCAUGCUGUCAGAUACCCUAUUUCUAGAGUCACAUCAGUGGGAAGGGAUGUGGGCAAGUGGAGUGGAAGAGAGCUGCUGUGGACGUGGAUGUGUGGGUGGAGAAGGGAGGGUAGGAAGCACAAGGAAAAGGAAGAUACUUCUGGGGUGAGGGAAUUAGGGAGGGAGGAGCAGGCAGACGAGCUGGGGUUGGUCAAAGCUGCCCCUGUCUCCAGUCCCCAAGGGCUCUCUCUGCCUGAAAUGUUACACAUUAAACAGGAUUUUACAGUAAAUGAA